AUGUACUUCUCCAAGAGUAUUGCCCUGACGGCUUCAUUUGUGACCCUCGCCCUCGCCGGCGACCCUCUGGCGUUCACUUCCUGGCCCAAGGAACCUCUCGAAGCUGGCAAGCCCGUCACCCUCACAUGGAUUGGUGCUGCUCCUGACCAGCCCGUGACAAUCCUCCUCCGUCAAGGCUCCUCAGGCGACCUGCAGGACGUCAAACCCAUCACUACCGAGGGCAGGAACGGCACCUUCACCUGGACACCUGACAACGACGUGAAGGAGAACAACACCUAUGCAUUCCAGAUUAGACAGAAAGAUCGGAUGAACUAUACCGCUCUGUUGAGAUCGGCCAGCAAGCCCGUCGCUCAUGUUGAGCAAGCUCAGGAUGGCACUGAAGGCAAGGUGCCGACUACAUCUUGGAAGGACACUACCCCCGAGACCUGGGCUGCUGCUCCUACUACUACUGCUCCUGCCGCUGCCGCUGCCGAUCCUCCCACUGGUCCUGCUGACGCUGCUGCCAACCCGCACCCUCAGACAACUGAGGGUAACGCCUUCGCAGACCAAGGAUCUCAUCCCACAACGACCAGCACGACCAGCUCUAGCAGCCCUAGCAGCACUACCAGCAAGGCCCUAAUUGCCUCUUCUGCCGCCCCAUCUGGCAGCCCUUCUGCCCCGCCUUCUGCCAGCUCACCUCCUAGUACUGUGGCUACCAGCACUAAGGAUGCCGGCUCCAAGACAGCAUCCUCCACCGGAGCCGUGCAGACUGGCGCUGCUUCUAUCCAGCAGUCUUCCGUGCAAUUUGUUAUGGGCAUUGCCGGUCUGUUGGCAUACCUUGUCUAG